UACAUAGAAAAUGUAAAAUUCCUAAAUUCAUUGUUUUCUUUGAAUAAUCAUCUUGCUUCAUAAUACAUUAUAUGUUUAUAAAAGUUGUCUUUAAAUAGUGCAGUGAUGAAGUUUAAUUUUAAAAAAUGAGUGGGCUGAAUUGUCCUUUAAAAAAACCUCAGUGUUUAUAUUGUUUAUUCAAACCUUCAGGUCAGUCAUUAGUUGCUGGACGGGAUGGGGGUGUGAAGAGGAGGAGAAAAAGGAGAAGCCUUAGUUGGCUUCGCACUGGUUGCCAGGAAGCACACAAAGAGCAUGCACACAUGAAACAAACAAGGCCAUGUUGCUGGGGAGGUAGUCAUCAGAGGCACACACUUCACUGGGACAGAAACCCUAUGGCUGUGUCACCUCACACCUCAAGACAAGAAAAUGGAGUUUAAAUCCAUGACAUACGAAUAAAAGCAAGGCACCUGUUGAAGGGAAAAGAAAAACAAAAAACAAAAAACUUACAGAGAGAGUUGAAGACUGCUGAAAAGAGGUGAAACCAUUAUGAGUUGCCAGAAUGCUACCCCUGGGUUGAACAAAGGAUCUCAGCCGCGGCCAGAGAACCUGGAGGAGACUUCACACGGUGCAACUGCAAAAGAAGACGCCAGCACAGUGCUGCUUGAGAACCAACUCACCCUGGGCGACUUUGUCCAAGUGCAGAGAGCCUUUGAGCCCUCAGAGCCCAGUCAAACCAUUUGUAUGUCCAGAGAAGAGUUUGUGCAGAGGAUGACAGAGAUUGUUGGUUGCGGUACAAAGGAAGAAUAUGGAGAGCUCUUUGAUAAAGUGGAUGUGACCCAAGAGGGCUUCAUUAAUUGGGACAAGCUGACUUCAUUUCUGCUGUUAACACUUUAUGAGAAAGAUGAACAAGCAAAGGCAACUGUGGUUCCCCAGUGGAGAGACCUUGAAUUUCUCCCAGUGAAACACAAGGAUACCAUCCAAAGAGUAAUUUUCUUAAAAAGUUCAAGUCGUUAUCUGACCAUCAGUAAGGAAGGUUCAGUAGGAAUCUGGGGAGAGAAUUUAAAGCUGCAAGAAACACUUCCCAUCACUUCAGAUGCCACCAAGCUAAAGCACCUGUGGGUGACAAGUAUGGUUUCUCUGGAAAAUGUAAACAAGAUAGCAGUGGCUUUUACAAGUAAAGAGAUUUGUUUCUAUGAUCUACUGUCCAAAGAAGAAUUUCCUUGUCAAUAUAAACUCCAAGGCCUGAAAGGAUCACCAAUUUGUAUGGAUUAUUGGUACAACCCUCUUGAUGCCAAUGAGUCAAUUCUUUCUUUUGGGGACAUAACUGGAAAGGUUCAAGUAAUUGCUUUCACAACGGCCUUGAUUUCCCUUUUUGAGCAUCCUGCUGGUGCAUGUGAAGAUGAAGAAGCAACAGUGACCAUUAACUGGGCAGAGCUGCGCUCUGGACAUCACAAAUGUUGCUAUACGUUAGGGCACAAACUUCAUCAUGGAGACUGGGUCAGACAAGUUACUUACAAUGCAUCUUUAGAUGCUAUUAUUUCCAGUACAACCAGCAAUACAAACACUGUGGUGCUGGCCUGGAGAGAGAAAUCUAAAAAGCAUCUGAAAAUGACAUCCUUCCACAUUGCCCAGGGCAUUCAUGGUUUUGAUUACCACUCUCAGCUCAAUUUAAUUGCAACUGCUGGCAUUGACAAUAAAGUUUGCCUUUGGAACCCCUAUGUUGUCUCUAAGCCGGUUGGUGUCCUUUGGGGUCACUCAGCCAGUGUGAUAGCUGUCCAGUUCUUUGCUGCAAGAAAACAACUUUUCAGUUUCUCCAGAGAUAAAGUUUUGAGACUCUGGGAUAUUCAGCAUCAACUGUCCAUCCAGAGGAUCUCUUGCUUUUUCCCCAAGAGUCAGGACUUCAGGUGUCUCUUCCACUUUGAUGAAGCCCACGGACGACUCUUCAUCUCGUUCAAUAACCAGCUAGCUUUGCUGGCAAUGAAAAGUGAAGCCGGCAAGAGGGUGACAAGCCACAAGAAAGCAGUCACUUGUGUGCUUUACAAUUCAGUCUUGAAGCAGGUAAUCAGCUCUGAUGUGGGGUCGACCGUUUCCUUUUGGAUGAUAGACACUGGGCAGAAAAUCAAACAGUUUACCGGUUGCCAUGGCAACGCAGAAAUCAGCACGAUGGCCCAAGAUGCAAAUGAGACGCGGCUUUUGACUGGCAGCACAGAUGGGACCAUAAAGGUCUGGGACCUCAAUGGCUGUUGUCACCACACACUCAAUGUUGGGCAAGAGGGAGCUGUGGAUAUUUCACACAUCCUGGUUCUUAAGAAGACAAUCCUAGUUACAGGCUGGGACAGGUCUAUUACUGUGUUUCGAUCUCAGAACUUCAAUCAGUUUUCCAUCCAGCCUGAAGAAUGGAAGGGAGGAAUUCAACACCAUGAUGAUAUAUUAUGUGCUGCAUUUUCACCUCCACAAACUCUUGUUACAGGGAGUUAUGAUGGAGAAAUUGUUCUGUGGAACAACAGUACAGAAAAUGCUCACUAUGUCCUUCACCCUGAUUAUCAGAGGCUGCUAAAAUCAAAAUCGGAUGCAGGGCUUCAAAAGCUUCCUGGUGCUGGGAGGAGCCCCUCUACCCACUCCACCUAUGACCAGGCUACCCUGGGAGCCUGUUCCUUUGAGAUGGACACUGAGUGCAAUCAUGCUGUUAUGAGGCUUUGCUUCCUUGAAGCAAGAAAAAACAUCACAGGGACAGGGGGAGCCAACCUGGUAUCAUGUGGAGGAUCUGGGUAUGUCAGAUUCUGGGAUACAUUUAAGAAGCACCUUUUGGCUGAAUUUUUGGCUCAUAGUGGAGUUGGUUCUAUUAUUAUGUCUACUGAUAAAUCAAAUCGAUACCUGGCCACAGGAGAUCUGGAGGGGUGGUUAAAAAUCUGGAAUAUAGAGGAGUACUGUCUUAAUUCCAGCAAGAACAAACUCACACAGGCCCCAGCUCUGAUAAGAUCGUUCCGGCCUCACGAAGACUGGAUAAGCUCCUUAGAGAUGUGUGAGCUGGGCGGCCGCUCGCUGAUUCUCUCUGCCUCUGCAGACUGCAGCGUUUGUGUGACUGAUGUCUGUGGUGUUCCUGUCCAGAUCUUUGGUCAGGAAAAGCAUUGGCAACUUGAAAACUGUUUUUCUGUUCCUAAAAGAGACACUAAUUUAAUGGGACAUAAGAUUCAAGAGAAAAGCAUAAAGGAAAUUCCUUUAUUUUCUAAGGAGGAGUCAUGUUUAGACCCAUCAAAACAUUCGCUACUUGAUAAGAAAACAUACAGUGUCAGACCUUCAGAAGUCAUAAACUUAGGUGUGAAAUAUAUGGAAACACAUGACCUUUACGAUGGUGGAAUUAUACGAAAAUCAUGCAGCAGUUUUAGGUCAUUAAGCAUUGGAACGUUGAAAGAGCUACCUGAAGUGAAGAAACCAGCUUUUCUUCUAGACCCUGAGAAAUACUUUAGGGAAGGCCCAGAGGAACAGUGUCCCCAGAUUCCAGAGUUUCCAUCACUUUCUGAAACAUUGAAAGCAAUAUUUGAUGAGAAAAACCUGUUCCCCAAAGAAAUUCUGGAUCAUGAAAGAAGAGCCAAGCACUUAUGUCAAGAAACAAGUAGUGAAGUGAAGAUAAAAAGAAAUAAGAAACCAUUGUAAUUGAAAGAAAAAUAAAUAUUUCAUCAUCGCA